UUUCCAACUUUUUCAAAUAAGAGUUAUAUCGUUGACGAUAACGCUUCUCUCUGCAAAUCGGUCAUUCACCAACCAGAACCAGAGAGAGCGCCCGAAGAAGAUAGAGAGAUGGAGAUGGAGGGAUUCUCGAGAGUGAGCACGAAGGGUGACAUAGAAGAUGGGAUGCUGUACCCAGGGAUCGGCUACGGCGAGAACCAGCUGCGAUGGGGCUUCAUACGCAAGGUCUACGGCAUCCUCUGCGCCCAGCUCCUCCUCACCACCGCCGUUUCCUCCGUCGCCGUCCUCUACUCUCCCGUCACCGACGUCCUCCUCGGCAACACCCCCCUCUUCCUCUUCCUUGUCUUCCUUCCACUCUUCUUACUGUGGCCCAUGUAUGUGUACCAGCAAAGACAUCCGCUGAACUUGGUUAUCCUCGGACUGUUUACUGUGGCCAUCAGUCUCACUGUUGGUGUAAGCUGUGCCAAUACGGAUGGAAGAAUUGUGCUCGAAGCUUUAAUUUUGACAUCAGCUGUAGUGGCCUCCUUGACUGGAUACACUUUCUGGGCUUCUAAGAAGGGCAAGGACUUCAGCUAUCUUGGUCCAAUCUUGUUCACUAGCCUCUUUACCCUUGUUUUGGCUGGUUUUAUCCAGAUGUUCUUCCCACUCGGUUCUACCUCAGUUGCCAUCUAUGGCGGAAUUGGUGCCGUCAUUUUCUCGGGCUACAUUGUCUACGACACAGAUAACCUGAUCAAGCGGUUCACAUACGACGAGUACAUUUGGGCAUCUGUCACUCUCUAUUUGGACAUUCUCAACCUCUUCCUUUACAUCUUGAGGAUUCUGAGGCAGGCCGACAACUAGGGAUUGCGUGCCCACCAGCCACACGGCUGUCUGCCAUAUUUGACCAUGGCUGCAAUCAGUGUGGAAAUGGUAUAGACUUUAGUAUGAAGUUGCUAUUGUGGCGGUUCAUAUCAUGUAAUUCUACUAUGUAUAAUGCAUAGCCUUUGCUAUGUACUUUGAGUCAAGUGUGUUCUAUAUCGUUCUCUUUCAUACAUAGUAAAAAAUAAAAUCUUUCCUGGCUGAA